AUGUCAUGCGAUGCUCCGCUGUCAGCGUUAUAUGCUUUAUGCUGGAUCUUCGACGUUUCCUUCCCUCCCAGUGCCCUCACCUUGGAAAACAAUCCGACCACAACGUUACCGAUAUCGACUCUGAUUGGCGCACAGCCAUUCCUUCUCUCAACCAAUCCGCCUACACCCUUACCAGCUCUAUCUGCACUCCUUGACCCUCAGCUUCUUCAACUUGCCAAGCGACAUCAUCCAGACUCGCUAUCAGCAGAUCAACCAAUCCCACGCUUCCCCCCAUGCUCACGUCUAACUCAGUCUCCAGCGGCACUGUCACCUAUUCUGAAAGCACCCUGCGGCGCCAUAAUCACCGCCCGUGUCAAUAUGUUUGGCCCCGAAAAUGUCGCCGAAACACCCAAGAACCCCGAGAGGGUAUCGAAGUACACGUAA